GAGACUGUAACAUGGAGGCUAAAGCUUUAUUUCCUGAGGACGAUCUCUGUUGCUCUCUAUGUUGUGACAUUUUUAAAGAGCCUGUUCUCCUGAAAUGCAGCCACAGCUUCUGUAGAGUGUGUCUGCAGAAGUGGUGGGUACAGAAUAGCUCUCGAGAGUGUCCCAUCUGCAGGAGAAAGGCUUCUAUGGAGAAACCACCUCUAAACCUGGCCUUAAGAAGCAUUGUGGAGACUUACUUAAAGCAGAAGACUGAGAGAGAAACUACAGACAAGACUGAGGCUCGCUGUAGCCUUCAUGGGGAGAAACUUCUUUUAUUCUGUGAACAUGACAAAGAGCCUCUCUGUGUCAUCUGUCAGACAUCAAAAAAACACAGAAACCACCCGGUCUGUCCAGUGGAAGAGGCUGCACUAGAGCUGAAGGAGGAACUCAAGCCUGCACUUAAUCUUAUUGAAGAAAAACUGAAGAAGUUUAAUGUGGUUGAACAAGGAUGUAAAAACACAGCAAAACAUAUCAGGAGUCAAGCCCAGGACACAGAGAGGCAGAUAAAGGUGGAGUUUGAGAAGCUCCACCAGUUCCUGCGUGAGGAAGAGGAGGCCAGACUAGCUGCACUGAAAGAGGAAGAGGAGAAGAAGAGUCAGAUAAUGGAGAGGAAGUUGGAACAUAUCACUAGAGACAUCUCCACCCUUACAGACAAAAUCACUGCUAUAGAGACGGCCAUGGAGACCGAAGACACCUCCUUUUUAAAGAGCUACAAGAACAUCAAGGAAAGAGCCCAGUGCACACUGCAAGACCCAGAGCUGCUCUCAGGGGCGCUGAUAGAUGUGGCCAAACACCUGGGCAACCUGAAGUUCAGAGUCUGGGAGAAGAUGCUGGGGAUGGUGCAGUACACUCCUGUGAUGCUGGACCCCAACACUGCACGUGUCGAUCUCUCUCUCUCUGAUGAUCUGACCACUGUGAGAGACACAGAUACAGUGCAGAACUGUCCUGACAACCCAGAGAGGUUUAAUUGCUGUCCGUGUGUGCUGGGAUCUGAGGGGUUUACCUCAGGGAAACACAGCUGGGAGGUGAAGGUUGGGAAUAAACCUAAAUGGACUAUAGGAGUGGUGAAAGGGUCUGUCAACAGGAAGGGAGAUAUAACAUGCCACCCAAAGACAGGAUUCUGGGUCAUAAUGUUGAGGAAUGGUGAUGAGUACUAUGCAUCUGGAGCAGCUGACCUCACACUGGCGAGGAAACCCCAGAUCAUCAGGGUGCAGCUGGACUAUAACAGGGGGGAGGUGUCCUUCUUCAACUCCAGUGACAUGUCACUCAUUCACACUUUUAAAGACACAUUUACUGAGAGGGUGUUCCCAUACUUUGGUCCCUGUUUGAGAGAUGGCGGUAAGAAUGAUGGACCCCUGCAAAUCUGCCCAGUGAAAGUCUCUGUAACAGUGACAUCAUCCCAGUGAGGGUGUUUGUUUAAAAAUUAAACGAGAAAUGCAGUCAGAGAUUUAGGAUGUGUCUGAUCUGCCUCAGCAUGUCUGGCUGUUGACUUGAACAGUGGGAGACUUGCUGGAGAUGAUCGGGGGGGUUGAUGGUGUACCAGUACCAAAUGGAAGGCAGGCACACACAGAUGUACACUGUCAGUGCCUAGAAAGGGACACAAAUCUGGUACAAAGGGGGGUGUCUGGCACAAGGGAGUAAUGACAAUUUGGUUAUUUGCUUUUACCUGGUGUGUUUUAUGCUGUAAAGGAGACCAUUUUUUCUUGUUAAUGUAUUUCUAAAUCUAAACUUUGGAAACUGUUACUUUACAAAAAUGUUACUUUACAAAGGACCAAAUUCUUUCACAUUUAUGGCGUAUUAUAGGUCAUAUGCAUUUCAUAAUUUCAAUUCAUUCAUUUUAUUUUCAUCACCAAUUAUUUUGUUGAGUUACUCAACUGUACAUGCAUUUUUGGUAAUGUACAUACAGGCUGUAUCUUUUGGGUUCUGUUUUGAAUCAUUUCAACUUUAUUUCAUGUAGUGUUUAUACAUAAAACAGAUGCACUCUUGUGGGUAAAUCAACUCACAAUUUUAUACCUGAUAGAUGUCAUUCCUGUUGAACUGGAUUCAUGAGACCAUGUACAAGCUUUAAUUGUGAUUAUGGUGAGCUCUUGUUAGUUUGACUCCAUCAGUCUCCUGGGCUCUUUUCAGAUUGUACUUUGCAGAUGCAAUGAAGAAUAAGUUCACUCUGUAGAAUUUACAUCUGAGGCUUCAGUAGCCUUACCUGCACACCUGCCAUUGGUCUCAAACUCUUUUCAUAUAUGCAUGAUAUGUUUAUACUGAAUGUCGGAUGUAAUGAUGAUGUAUGGGAAACAAGUCCACUAUAUACACCAGAUAAUCAGUCUAAAACUAUAAAAAACAUAAGGCUUUGCAUUUGUAUGUAUCCUUUGUGUACACUGUAUGUACAUGCUCUGACAUAAAUGUGUUCUGUCUCAAAUGGUA